GCACAACAGGAAAUUUUGGCGCCAUUUUUUGUGUAAUAAGCAAGUCGAUUUGGAUUUCUAAAACGGUGUAUACUUAAAAUGAUGAAAUCAAAGUCCCUAAAGCCCGAAAAAUUAUAUGUUAUUAAAAGAGAUGGAAGGAAGGAAGAAAUUCAUUUUGAUAAAAUUACAUCUAGAGUACAGAAGCUAUGUUAUAAUCUAAAUAUGGACUUUGUUGAUCCUGUUUCAAUUACUCUUAAAGUCAUAAACGGGCUGUACUGUGGUGUGACAACACAGGAGCUGGAUAAUUUAGCAGCGGAGAUAGCAGCCAGCUUAACAACCCAUCAUGCAGACUAUGCACUACUAGCUGCCAGAAUUGCAGUUUCCAAUCUUCACAAGGAAACAAGGAAAGUUUUUUCAGAUGUCUUUGAAGAUUUAUAUAAGCACGUUAACAAGGAAACUAAUGAGACAUCACCUAUGGUGUCUGAAUAUCAUUACAACAUUGUUGCAAAUAAUUCAGAUCGAUUGAACUCUGCAAUAAUUUAUGAUCGUGAUUUUGGAUAUAAUUAUUUUGGAUUUAAGACACUUGAGCGAUCAUAUUUGCUUAAAAUUAAUGGCAAAAUAGCGGAACGACCGCAGCACAUGCUAAUGCGUGUCGCAAUUGGUAUACAUGGUGAUGAUAUUGAUUCUGCGAUUGAAACAUAUAAUUUACUCUCGGAACGUUUUUUUACACAUGCAUCACCAACGCUUUUUGCUGCUGCCACAAAUCGUCCUCAAUUAUCAUCAUGUUUUCUCUUAACAAUGGCAUCGGAUUCUAUUGAAGGAAUAUUUAAAACAGUUGAGCAGUGCGCAAUGAUCUCCAAAUCGGCAGGAGGCAUUGGUCUUAAUGUUCAUUGUAUUCGAGCAAAGGGCACCUCUAUUUCCGGCACAAAUGGUACUUCAAAUGGCUUGGUACCAAUGCUUAGAGUAUUUAACAACGUGGCGCGCUAUGUCGAUCAGGGUGGUGGUAAAAGACCAGGAGCAUUCGCUAUUUAUCUGGAGCCUUGGCACUCAGACGUGUUUGAAUUUUUAGACCUUAAAAAAAAUACUGGAAAAGAGGAACAUCGGGCCCGGGACCUAUUUUAUGCCUUGUGGAUUCCUGAUCUCUUUAUGAAGCGGGUUGAAGCCAACGAGGAUUGGUCAUUGAUGUGCCCACACAAAUGUCCCGGUCUGCAAGAUGUUUGGGGUGAAGAUUUUGAAAAACUGUAUGUCAAAUAUGAAAAAGAGGGGCGACAGAAUCGAAUUGUUAAAGCUCAAUCUCUUUGGUUUGCCAUAAUUGAAUCUCAAGUGGAGACUGGUACCCCUUACAUGCUUUUUAAAGACUCGUGUAACAGAAAAAGCAAUCAACAAAAUGUUGGAACUAUAAAAUGCAGUAAUUUAUGCACGGAAAUUGUAGAGUAUUCAGCGCCAGACGAAAUAGCUGUAUGUAAUUUAGCAUCAAUAGCCCUAAACAUGUUUGUGACGGCCGAAAAAUCUUACGACUUCAAAAAACUGAAAGAAGUAACUAAAAUUGUUACCAAAAACUUGAAUAAAAUAAUUGAUAUAAACUACUAUCCUUUGCCAGAGGCAAAAAAAUCCAAUUUACGGCACCGCCCUAUUGGUAUUGGUGUUCAAGGGUUUGCAGAUGCAUUAAUUUUGAUGAGGUAUCCGUAUGAAAGCGAAGAAGCAUCUCUUUUGAAUCAACAAAUCUUUGAAACUAUUUACUUUGGAGCUUUGGAAGCUAGUUGUGAAUUGUCCCAAAAGGAUGGCCCCUAUGAAACCUAUAUUGGAAGUCCAGUAAGCAAAGGAGUUUUGCAGUAUGAUAUGUGGAACAGAUCACCAACAGAUCUUUGGGACUGGGAUAAUCUUAAAAGGUCCAUAAAACAGCACGGUGUCAGAAACUCUUUGCUUAUUGCUCCCAUGCCUACAGCAUCCACUGCGCAAAUAAUGGGCAACAAUGAGUCGUUCGAGCCCUACACUUCAAACAUUUAUACAAGACGAGUAUUGUCCGGUGAGUUUCAAGUAGUAAAUCCUCAUUUAUUGCGUGAUUUAACGGAGCUUGAUUUGUGGGAUGAUGAGAUGAAAAAUCAAAUUAUCGCAAGCCGAGGCUCUAUACAAAACAUCGAAUCUAUACCCGAAGCAAUCCGGGAUUUGUACAAAACCGUAUGGGAGAUAUCGGUAAAGUCAACUAUUAAAAUGGCGGCUGAUAGAGGAGCGUUUAUUGAUCAAAGUCAAUCCUUUAAUAUUCAUGUUGCUGAGCCAAACUAUGGAAAAUUAACAUCAAUCCACUUUUAUUCCUGGAAAGCGGGCCUUAAAACAGGAAUGUAUUAUCUGCGCACAAAACCAGCUGCAAAUGCUAUACAAUUCACUGUAGACAAAAAUGUGUCCGUAAUGGAAAUAAAUGGACAGAAUUUAGUUGACCAACAUGCUUCGAUGGAAAUGGGCAACACAAGCGAGUCGGAUAUAGAACGAGAGCGUAAAAUGGCACAAAUGAUUUGUUCCCUUGAAAACAAGGAUGCAUGUUUAUCGUGUGGAUCCUAAUAAUGUUUCGACUACCUAUUGCUCACAUCUUUCGCUUACAUCUUUAAGUAAUAAGAAUUUUCUUAUAAUAAAUAAUAC